CCUUUUUGGGCGCUCAGGCUUGCCGUAGAAGUGAAGCUACAUCAGGCUGCAGCUGUCUUGUAAAAAAAAAUCCCUGUCAGGGGAGUGAAGCCUCGGUUUCUAAAGCUAUGUGGAGGCACUUAUCGUGACAAAAGGAUGAAUAGGCGUGGUAGGUCCUCGCCCGCUGCCGCUCCUGCCCGCUGGCGUUGGCAGAAGUUCUGCUGCUAAGAGACAGUUCUGGCCAGCAGCAUGUGGUGGAGGUGCAGACAGAGGUGGUGGAGGAGGGAAGUUUGGAGAUGUUGGGACAUCAGGAGGAAGCUGACUGGACAGAUACAGUCCAGCUGCACAAAAAUGAGAAAACGCUGCUGCGCUUCUACCUGUUUGAAGAGCUGCGUUACGUUUGGCUGGACAGGAAGGGGGCUUUCUGUCGCGUCAG